AUUUCUGACCCCAUUAUGCCCCCUAAGCUGACUGAACCCCCACAAAUCCACCCCAGACCCCCAUCCCUGACCGCCGCGCGUCCCCCCAGGUGGGUGAACUCCCUGCAGCCGGCGCGGGUGACGCGCUGGGGCGGCAUGAUCUCCACGCCGGACGCGGUGCUGCAGGCCGUCAUCAAGCGCUCGCUGGUGGAGAGCGGCUGCCCGGCGUCCAUCACCAACGAGCUGAUCGAGAACGCCCACGAGCGCAACUGGCCGCAGGGGCUGGCCACGCUGGAGACGCGCCAGAUGAACCGGCGCUACUACGAGAACUACGUGGCCAAACGCAUCCCCGGCAAGCAGGCCGUGGUGGUGAUGGCCUGCGAGAACCAGCACAUGGGCGAGGACAUGGUGCUGGAGCCGGGGCUCGUCAUCUGA